AUGAAUGUCGGUAUUCACGCUAUCGAAGUAUAUUUUCCCAAAAAGUGUGUCGACCAAGCCCAACUUGAGCAAUUUGAUGGUGUGUCUUCUGGUAAAUAUACCAUUGGUCUUGGCCAGACCAAGAUGGCCUUUUGUGACGAUCGCGAGGAUAUCAACUCGAUGUGUCUGACUGUGGUCAAAUCACUCAUGGACAAGUAUAAUGUUUCUUAUAGCCAGAUUGGUCGUCUUGAAGUUGGCACCGAAACUAUUAUUGACAAGUCCAAGUCUGUAAAGUCUGUUCUCAUGCAGCUGUUUGUCGAGUCUGGCAACUCAAACGUCGAAGGUAUUGAUACUACCAAUGCCUGCUAUGGAGGUACUAAUGCUUUAUUCAAUACCAUCAACUGGCUUGAAUCUUCUUCGUGGGAUGGUCGUCUUGCAAUUGUUGUUGCAGCAGACAUUGCCAUUUACAAAAGUGGCAAUGCUCGUCCUACUGGUGGUGCUGGUGCUGUUGCCAUGUUGUUGGGCAGAAACGCUCCAAUUGUAUUCGAUCAUCGUAUGCGUGUAUCGCAUCUUGAACAUGUCUGGGACUUUUACAAGCCUGAUUUGCACUCUGAAUACCCAGAAGUUGAUGGACAGUUGAGCAACAAAUGCUAUAUCAAGGCCUUGGAUACCUGCUACAAUCACUACUUGGAUAGACUUGAACAGAGCGGUGUAGUCAAUGCUGAUCGCAACAACUUGGAUUAUGUUUUGUUUCACUGCCCUUACAACAAGCUUGUUCAAAAAUCCUAUGGGCGUUUUGCUUUUAACGAUCUGCGUCGUAACCCGUCUGCAAAGGAGCUUGCACAAUUUGAAGAGCAUGCUUCUACUCCUAUUGAGCAGACCUACACCAACAAGGACAUUGAAAAAGUGUUCAUGGGAGUAACCAAAGACAUGUUUUCUGCUCGUGUUGCGCCUGGUUUGAUGGCCGCUAAAAACCUGGGAAAUAUGUAUUGUGCUUCUCUUUAUGGCGGUCUUGUCUCCCUUCUUUCCAGCGUCCCAUCAAAUGAACUGUUAAACAAGCGAGUUGGCAUGUUUUCGUAUGGAUCUGGACUUGCAUCUUCUUUUUUCUCCUUUACUGUUCGCGGCUCAACUGAAAGUAUGGCAAAGCAUCUCAAUCUUUCAGCCCGUCUUGCCGCCCGCACCGUUGUUGAUCCCAAUGACUUUGACCAAGUAAUGCAGCUUCGUCAGGAUGUCCAUAAUGCUUGCGACUAUCAGCCUCAGGGUAUUGUAGACGAGACCAACUUUUUCCCUGGGAGCUUUUAUCUUGACAAAGUGGAUAGUAAAUACAGACGCACAUACAAGCGAUUUGUUCUAUAGAGAUAGUAUAUAUUUCUUAUUUUAUCUUUUUUAUUCGAGUUGAUAUGCUGUUUUUUGAGGAUUUAGUCGAGAUUUAAAUAAAUUUAGGCAGUUUAUUACUAUG